GUUUUAUAUAUGCUGACAGCUGUAGAAGUUACUUAGAAAAAGGCAAAUGCUUGUGAUUGUUGAAGUGAUAUAUUUACAUCUCACUGUAUUUUCUUAUGGAAUUGUUAUUUUAAAAUAGACUUUUUUGUCUAACCGUUAUAAGUAUUUAAUUUAAAAAAUGAGUUCAGCCAGCAAGGUUGGAGAAAUAUUUACAGCUGCCGGCCAAGCAUUUAACAAAUUAGGUGAUUUAACUAUGCAGUUGCAUCCUAAUGCAGAAUCUCCAACAGGAAAGUGGACUGAUGAAGAAAUUGAGAUGUUGCGCCAAGUAGUGAAGCAAUUUUCAGAUGGCUUAAAUCAAAUUAGUGAUCAUAUAAAAAGGCGGACAGUAUCACAAAUUAGGACUGCUUUGAAGAAGAAGGCUUUUGAGGAUGCUGGAUUACCAGUGAGGCAGGUGAAUCAGACAUUAUCAUCAGUUCAGUUACAACAGAAUGUGAAUGUACAACAACCAAUGAUAAAAUCCGAAGUUACACUGAAUAUGUUGAAUGCAGCAGAGUCUGAAGUUGAUGUCGAAGGUCUCAAUGAAGAUGUUAAAUUAGAAUUUGAUGGUGGAAAUGAAGAAGUUUCAUCGAAAGACCCUAAUGUCAAACCAGGCGUUCCAGGAGUAUUUUAAGAUGUUAAAUAUAAAUUUUCUGAAUUUUUAAUAAAAAAAUUAUUUUGCUUAUGUAGACAUAGGAAUUCAUGUCCACGUUUUAUACCAACCUUACUGUGUUAGCUUUUCUGUUGAUAAAGAUUAGUGAGACAGCAGCCUUUCAUAUUUAUAAGUGUGUAAUCAUGUUUUAGAUACAGGAGUAGAAAAGUAUUGUUCGGAAUCACAGAAGUCUUGUAAAUAUGCACCAUGGUGUAUAUAUAUAAGUUUUACAAACAAUGUAUGUUAUCAUUUUCUGUUUUAGCUAAAUUUUUUAUAAUUUCCAUGUGUAAUAAAGAAUUAUUUUCACUUUUUUUUGCCAUUUUCCCCAUAACUCAUAUCAGAAAUCAAUUUCAACAAAUUCUAAAAUUGUAUUAAGAAGUUUCAACUUUUGAAAAUUAAUUUAAAUUCAAUCAAGGUUGAAUUAGGACAGGUAAAUAUUCAACAGUUGAUAAAACUGCAUUUAUAUUUCAAUAUACCAGUGGAUCGUAUGUCUUCAAUGUUCCUUCAUAUUAAAAUUAUUGAUGUACAAAUAAUAACUUGUGAACCUCCACUUUACUUAACAUAAAAUUGACAUAUAUACAAAGCUCUGUUGUAAAUAUAUUUCUUCGAUAUUUGCAAGUUUUGAAAAUCCAGGAAAAAAUUGUUUUUGUAUCCUAUGUAAUUAUGAACUAACUGCAGCUCUUUUCUUAUCGUGGAAUUUCCUCAUUCUUUCUUCUAAUUCUGGUCUAAAAUGUCUUAUAAGACCUUGUACUGGCCAAGCAGCACCAUCUGCGAGAGCACAAAUCGAAUGACCUUCAACUUGUUUACUAAUUUCCCAUAACAUAUCGAUUUCUUCGGGUUUGGCGUUGCCAUCAACGAAUCUAUAGAUCAUUUUGUUCAUCCAAUUUACACCUAGAAUAAAUAAAAAAGUUGACGUGAACAAA